GAUGAGAGGCAUGGCAGGGGACUAGAUCUUGCUGCAGAGUGGCCUUCUGGGCGUGUCCUGCUGCAAGGAGCUGGGAACCGCCCUGGGUUGAGAAUACUGAAAGUCCCCUCCUCCCUGCUGCUGUGAGCCAGGCUGGGGAAACACUUUCAGUUUUGUUUUCUUGCCUGCGGUAGCUCAAGUCCACAGUGUGCUCCAAGGAGCAGACCAUGGAGGCUGACUUCCAGGUGUGCAGCAAUUGCAAAAGAAAUGUGGCCUCUGUCCACUUCACCCUCCAUGAGGCCCACUGCCUGCGCUUUCUGGUCAUUUGCCCGGAAUGUGAGGAGCCCAUCCCAAAGUCAGAGAUGAAGGAGCAUGCAGCAACUGUGCACCAGCAGACCAAGGAAAUCCAACAGCACCCUGCCAGGUGCAAGUUCUGUGAUCUGGCUGUGCACUUCUGCAAACUGGAUGUCCACGAGUCCCACUGUGGCCUCCGGACAGAGAGCUGUCCACACUGCAACCAGCCCAUCCCACUCCAAGCGUUGGCCCGGCAUAAGGAUGUGUGUCUGAGGACAAAGGCCAGGCCUGAGGAAGUGUCCUUCAGUGACUUAUCCAGGAAAAACAAGAGCCAGGGAUGGGGUGUAAGAGCCGCAGAGAAGAGGGAGAGAAAGCCAUGGGGUGUCAUAAAUAUGAAGAACUUUUUUUACAUGCCUGGGAAGAGAAAUGUAUCUCCUGAAAGGAAGACCCGUUGUGAUUACUGCAAACAAAUGAUUCCAGAAAACAAGUAUGUCUCCCAUAUGAAACAAUGUCCAGCCUCAAGGACUGUGAAAUACCUUCAGGAUGGAAAGCCAAAAAUUCUCCCUCCAUCCCGUGCAAGUCAGGUGACUGGAAAUCAAACAUCCACAGUGAUGACAGAUGUUCGUCCAAAGACAAAAAUUAGAAACAGUUCAACAAGUGGAGAGACUAAGGACAAAAAUGGCCUCAUGGGUCUGCCUUUGAAGCCUGCACUCCAGCCGAGGGCUGCUCUUCCUAAAGGAGAUGAAACAGCCUAUGACAUCUUUCGGAAGUGCUGCUGGUGCAGCAUCUUACUUCCCUUGCCUAUUCUAAAUCAGCACCAGGAGAAGUGCCUGAAGUUAGCUCAUCGAGAGAACAAGUGAGGAGGGCCAGCUAACUCCAGAGGAAAGAGGCCCUAGCAUUCACAAGAGCUUCAGAUCACACUGGCUCCCCUGCUUCCUUUCGUGGUGGUCACAACUUUGUUUUCUUUACCAAUCUCUGUAAUUGAAUUUUUCCUUUAAUUUUCUGCAGUUCCAUAUGUGUUUACAAUGUACUGUAAUCAUACUUACCCCACUGCCUUCCCUUAUCCCCAUCCCACUCCUGCAAACCCCUUCUUCCUUCAUGUCUUCAGUCUGUGUGCACACGCUAGUACAUGCUAGCACACAUGCAGGUCUUGUGCAGGCAACCACAGCUGACGUGUGCCCAUGGCCAUGCUGGAUCCAGGAGAGCAUUUCAUAGCAUUCCGCCCAGCCCCUAAUUCCUAUCACAGUCUUUCUGCUCCAUCUUUAACAAUGUUCCCUGGGCCUUGAAAGGGUGAUGAUGUUUCUCAUUCUAGGUCAGGGCAGAUUCAAGUGUCACUCUCAGCACUUUGGUGGUCUUUGCUUAGGAAGAGAGACAGGCUUUAAUCGUUGGGCUUCAGAAAAUGACCUUAGGUCUUUUCCUUCUUGUGAGUCAGACCUUGUUGACCCCGGAGCUACCGAUGACCCAGAGAAAAGGCUUCCUGUUCUUCCACUCAACUCCUGACUAAGCACCAAGGCUCAACUGCUCAGUUGCCCAGGGGACCCCAGCUUUGUCCUGAGCCUCCUGUCCUCUCUCUCUCUCUCUGCUUUCCUCAUUGCUUUCCAGAGCAAGACAUGUUCAGAGUGUGUGGACUGGGGGGAGGGGAGGUUACAGAAGGAGAGAGGAAGGAGGGAGGGAAGGAAAAAUGAGAAAAGGAGGAGGAGGGGAAGGGAGGGGCGAAGCAGGGUGAAUUAAAGUUCCCAAAAAGCAACCACUACAAACUGAGCAUCCUGCAAAGGCUGACUGACUAGAACUUCAGGACUGUGGAGAGGUUAGCUUGUCGCAGGUCCAGCACCAAGUAUCUUGAGCUACCUUAGCUCCUUAAAUAGCUAUUUAACAUCCACAUCUGUGUGUGACUUAACAUGCUAUGACUCUUCAGGAAAGGUCUGGGGACAUGUAAGCAGAUCCCUACUGUUAAGGAAGUCAUCACACAGCAUCCGGGGCCCAUAGCAAGGUCUCCCUGCUUUGCUAUAAUCAGCUUACCUGAUGUGUCACCAAUAUUUGUAAAGCGACUUUAUUCUGUCACUAUAAAAACAUCACAGAAAUUAUUACCACGUUGGAACAUGGUUAUUUGGGGCGAACUGGAUCUGUAUUUCUGGGCCAUGAUCACUCAUAUUUGGCUCCAGAAUAAAUUGUUCCUUAAUCUCUUUUGAA